AAAAUCAAUUUGUCUGCCUUCUCUCUCUCUCUCUCUCUCUUCCUCUUCUUCUUACUGGCAAGCAAGCUGUCACUCUCUCUCUAAUAAGACAUGGGAAGCGUCGCUAACGGUGUCGCCGCCGCCGGUAGCGGCGGCAGGGGUGUGGACAAGGGCGUGGAUUACGCCAACUAUUUCUGCACCUACUCGUUUCUCUACCACCAGAAAGAGAUGCUCUGUGACCGUGUUCGCAUGAACGCUUAUUACAAUGCUGUUUUUGAUAACAGAGAUCACUUCUACGGAAAGACUGUGUUGGAUGUAGGAACUGGGAGUGGCAUUCUUGCAAUUUGGGCUGGGCAAGCGGGGGCGAAAAAAGUCUAUGCGGUAGAAGCAACAAAGAUGUCGGAACAUGCACGCGAACUUGUCAAAGCAAAUAACCUUCAGAAUGUUGUUGAAGUGAUUGAGGGUUCAAUAGAAGAUGUUAACCUGCCAGAGAAAGUUGAUGUAAUUAUCUCUGAGUGGAUGGGAUAUUUCCUUCUGCGUGAAUCUAUGUUUGAUUCAGUAAUUUUUGCACGUGACCGCUGGCUGAAGCCAACCGGGGUUAUGUAUCCGAGCAAUGCUCGCAUGUGGUUGGCACCCAUCCGGUCCAGAUUGGCAGACCACAAAAUGAGUGACUAUGAAGGAUCAAUGAGUGGCUGGUGUUCUUUUUUGGACGAGACUAAAACUUAUUAUGGUGUUGAUAUGAGUGUUCUAACUAAACCUUACUCUGAAGAGCAGAAAAAAUACUAUUUACAGACAUCACUGUGGAACAACCUUCAUCCAAAUCAAGUCAUAGGAACAGCUGCCAUCAUAAAGGAGAUCGAUUGUUUAACAGUGACAGUAAAUGACAUCCUUAAUGUAAGAGCAAGCAUUUCAUCAUCAAUAUCUGCUGAGGAAACGAGGCUAUGUGGAUUUGCCGGGUGGUUUGAUGUCCAUUUCCGAGGAAGUAAGGAGAAUCCAGCUCAACAGGAAAUUGAGCUGACCACUGCUCCCAGUGAAAAUCACAGCACGCAUUGGGGCCAGCAGGUGUUUCUCUUGCAUCCUCCUAUCUGUGUUGGCGAACGUGACAAUCUGAACAUGAAUUUCUCGAUGGUUCGAUCCAAGGAAAACCAUCGGUUGAUGGAAGUUGAGCUCAGUUGUGAGAUAAGAAAGUCUUCUGGUACGCUGCUUCCACCAAUGACGAACAGGUUUUACAUUGAGUGACAGACUGCUAACAUGGUCAUGGCCGGUUUCUGGGCCUCCAUCAGUUUUUACAAGGUCCAAUAGAGAAAAUUCUGCAUGUAAGCCUGCAGCAUGAUUCUUGACCACCAUAGUUGCAUACAUGGCACAGGGAGAGGUGAAGGCUCCAUUGCUAAAGGCCCAGUCUCCACUUGGGAUAUAUUUAUGUUGGAAAGAUCGAACUAACAUCAUUUGUUAAGAGUUCUGUUACUCUCCUGAAGUGUUUCAUUCUGGGAAGUAUUGCGGCAUACAUUUGUUGUCCACUAAAAUUUGAGUGUAUUGAUCACGUACUAUGAAAAGUUGUACCGGUUGUACUUUUUUUUUUUGUUGGUGGGGAAUCGGCUUUUGGUCUGACCUAGUGAUUUGUUGUGAUUCGGCUUGUUGGAGGUGUAGUUACCACUUUUAAUUACUUCGUAGCGCAUUCUAGCAUGGUUACUCAUAG